AUGAGAGAGAGGGUGGAGGAUACACUUUCUGCUCACCGCAACGAGCUAGUCUCACUCCUUUCCAGAUAUGUUUCCCAGGGGAAGGGUAUGCUGCAGCCCCAUAAUCUGAUCGAUGAGCUGGACAACAUCGUUUGUGAUGAUGAUGGAAAGAAGAAACUCAGUGAUGGACCCUUUGGCGAAAUUUUGAAGUCUGCUCAGGAAGCCAUAGUUCUGCCACCUUUUGUUGCCAUAGCUUUCCGACCAAGGCCUGGUGUUUGGGAAUUUGUACGUGUCAAUGUAUAUGAACUCAGCGUCGACCAAUUGACAGUUUCUGAAUAUUUACGAUUCAAGGAAGAACUUGUGGAUGGACGGUGA